CUGUCAUACAGGACAUGCCACGUACCCACGUCAUACCAAGUUCUCAGUACGACUGUUACAUGACCAAAUACGCCUCACUCUUUCUAACUAGUCCAACCAAACCUGUCUCUAAUUAGCCAAUGCAGAUCAGCUGAGUCUAAGUGCCUAAGUACUGGCACUGUCUGAAUCUUCCUUCUCCUGGUUUCUCAUGGCCCUGUUGAGACGUAGGCGGGAGCUGAGCACGUUGCGGACUGAGGAGAGCAGAACUCGGUGCAGACUGACUAUUAUCACUGUGUGCUGUGCAAUAAUCAUUCUGACAACCUUGAUAGUGGGAUUGUACUAUACCGUUAAGGUCGUGAAUACCAAGUUUUUCUACUGCUCUGGAUCGCUGAGGUUUGUUGCAAUAGAGAAAGUAUGCAAUGGGAAGGCUGACUGUCCAGGUGGUGAGGAUGAGCUUGUCUGUGUAUCUAAAUUGCGAAUAAAUGGCACGUUUCCAGUGAGGUUGGUGGGGGACAGACUGGUCCUGCAAGUCUUCAUUAAUGAUGGUGGAUGGAAAACUGUGUGUUCUGAUAACUGGAAGCCAAAGCAUACACGGUUAACAUGUCAACAACUGGGCUUUACACUGAGUCCCCGAAGCACUCGCAUCCCAUUGAAGGGUUUGCUUAUUCCGAGCCUUCUGAACGCAUUUGCUACGGUUAGCGAAGAAUCGAACAACACUGAUAUCCAGAGUUUUAUUACUGCCAGUGAUAAAUGUGUGUCUGGCUCAGUGGUUUCUUUGUCAUGCUCAGACUGCGGUGAGACAGCAGGACUGGACCGUAUUGUUGGUGGGGUAAAUGCAGAAAUCGAACAAUGGCCGUGGCAGGUUAGUCUUCAGUGGAACUACCAACAUAUGUGUGGAGGAGCGUUGCUCUCCACGCUCUGGAUUAUAUCAGCAGCUCAUUGUUUCACAGGGAGGACACGAGAGCGUCAGUGGUCGGUGGUGAUGGGUCAGACCGAACUUGGGAAUGCCAAGGGGGUCGCUGUAGACACGAUUGUUGUCCACAAGGACUACAGCCGCUUGAGCAAUGACUUUGACGUUGCCAUGGUAAAACUCACCUGGCCUGUCAAACUCAAGGAAUCAAUUUUGCCAGUUUGUUUACCCCCAUACCAGCUUUCUGUGAAGGAUAUGCUUGUGGUGACUGGUUGGGGCUUGCUAAAAGAGAAUGGUCAGAUGCCCUCAGUACUACAGAAAGCUUCAGUGCCACUGAUUGAUAAAUCCGAAUGUUCCAAGCCCUCUGUUUAUGGUCCUGUUAUCACUCCCAGGAUGCUUUGUGCUGGAUUCCUCGAAGGAAACAUAGAUGCAUGUCAGGGGGAUAGUGGGGGUCCACUUGUGUACCUUUCUUCUCGCUGGCAAUUAAUGGGCAUAGUGAGUUGGGGAGUGGGGUGUGCCCGAGAGGGAAAACCUGGAGUUUACACUGAUGUUACUCAACUUCUGAACUGGAUUUACACUGUGAUGGAGAUACACCCAUGAGAAUCUUGAGAGAUGAAGGAUGGUCUCAGGAGUCUUCCUUGUUUUUAAACCCAAAACAUCUGUCAAAAUGGCAUGCUUUUAAAAUCAUGUUUCUGUAAUGUAAAUAGCACUAUGGUGUUUUCCCUGUUAGCCUGCUGUAUGUGAUUGUUCAUUGUCAGUUUUCUAAAGCUAUGAUAUGUUUUAAUUGUUUU